AUGGAGGUGCAGGCGGACUGUCUGGAGCCCCCCGCGGGCCCCAAAACCGAUCCACAGCCGACGGGAAGGAUCAACAAAGCUGCCUUCAAACUCUUUGGAAGGCGGUCUACCGGCUCUGGGAUGGGCGAGCUUUUUUUCUUUCCGGAACAAGGAGCUACAAAUAUCGGAAACAGGAAUUCAGACAAUGGGAGUUCAUUGAACGGGAAUGGAUCGGCCGCAUCAGUGGAACUCAUCAGGAGCAAAACACACGAUGGGCUAACAGACUCUAACAACGACAUGGAGGCACGGCCGGGGGAGGGACGCGGCGGCAUGGAGGCGGUGCCGGUGAGGUUCGCUGAGCAAAUCAUUAGCUUCUUCUCUUUUCUCAGACGUGGGAGUUUUAGAUCAAGUGACAAUGGAGGGGCGGGGUUUGUGCGAAGAGGGAGGGGCCUCAAGGGGUUCUUCAGCAGCAUGCGAUGGAAGCGUAAAGAAAAAACAAUCGAAGGAGAUGUGGAGGAGAAAGAUGGAGGUACAGAGAAAGCUGAGGAGAUUCCUGAAUGUGAAAAGGAUAUCACUCUAACGCUCGAGCCCCCUCCUCCUCAUCAUGCCCAAGAGGAUUGUGGGAAUACAACAGAGGAACCUGAUCAUCAUGCAUCAGGGACCCCCACCACAAGCGUUACCAUGACACCCGAACACUGUGUUGCCAUGCCAGGCCCAUCUGGUGUGCCAGACACCAGCUUCCCUUUCACACCCACUGCUUCGCCUCUACAUCCAGCCAUCCCCAAAACCAAAGCCUCCAUUUCCAGCCUGAGCCCAUCCCUCGCAACACCCCCUCUGGACCGCUGCAGCACAGGCGAUCCCCCCUCAGAGCCCUCGGUCGAUCGUCUCUGCUCCUUGCUCUUUACCGAUGUUACGUCUCUCAAAAGCUUCGAUUCACUCACGGGAUGUGGGGACAUUAUUGCUGAUGCAGAGGACGAGGGCCCAGCUGGCAACGGAGGCAGUGGUACCAGCAGCAGCAGCAGUGGGGGCGGAGGGGGCAGUAGUAGUGUGAGUGUGAGUGUGAGCGCAAGUGCAGUUAUAGCUCCUAGUAUCACCUGCAGUGCCAUGACUCGAAUGUCCCCAUGUAAACCUCCAAUACUCCCUCAAGUGACCCAAGUCUAUUCCACAAGCUCCAUGCCAGCUUCACUUACAUCUCGUGUCAGACCCCCGGAUUCGCCUCAGCACCAAAAUGGAGGCGGGAUAGUAGCAUAUAUGGGUGGAGGAGAAGAAAUGGCAAGUCCAGAGGGAGUGGAUGAUGCCGACAUGCAGGGGCUCUGGCACAUGCUUCCUUCAACGAGAGAUAACUCCCCAGCGUUACCCCGAUCGCAUUUACCCACUUCUACAACUCCAACGUCCACAUAUCCACCUCGUUCUGCGUCCAACCCAUCCGCUGCUCACCUAUCGUCAGCUGGGAGGAGCACAGAGCGAAAGGUACCCCAAGUCAAAGCGCUAGGCCUCAGUAAGAUCCCAGUAGUUGGCGGGGCGGGUGCUGCCAAACCACCUCUACCCCCUUCACAUAAUCGCCAUCCAACAUCGCCAGGUGAAAAAGAGUUGCUAAGUGAUGAGGGUUACUGGGACACCCCUUCUGCCACCCCCAUGGCGACCCCGGAUGAAAGCAGGGAACAGCCCAACCAGAAAAUCGGCCUAUCUCGUGACAGUUGUUCAGGGGACCACUUGUACGACCUCUACAAUGACCCAGAAGAGGACGACGAUCAGGAAGUCAACAGCACCCCCUCGCCAUCAUCCGAAUACAAACUCAGCCCAACUUCCCAAACUACUCCGCCAUCCUCGUCCUCAUCUUCCUCUUUUCGCUCAGUCAAAGGCAACACCAGCCUUUCCCGGGAGUCCAAGAUCCCGGUUAGUUCGAGACCAUUAUCCCCUCCCCAUUCCACGAGCCAAGAAACAGAACUGUCUCCGCCAAAGACCCAAGCACCUCCUCCGGCCCGAACGCGAAUCCCUGUUUCCAAGUUACCUGUACGUCGCUCUGGAAACAAACCAGGCAACCAGAAGUAGCACCCACCAAUGAAAUCUAUCUUUCUCUUUAAUUUAUGGUCAUACAUGGGACAAAAGUUUCCCUGGACCUCGACAAAUACUGAGCUGCGGAGUUAACAGGGAGGAAAUUCUUCGCAGAUAUUUAAAAACUUGUUCAGCGUAUUUGGGCUUUCUGAAAAGAAUAAGAGGUUUUGUUCGACGAGAAAGUCACGAGAAGGUUCCAAAGGCUGGGUUAAAGCUUAAAAGCCUGGCCUGGAAUUCUGUAGGCAAAGAUAUAAACAUGCAAUAGUCAAACACAGACCUUCUAACUUGCAACUGGAAACUUCUGUCCUGCUAAGAGUUUGACAGCCACUUUGUAAUCUUCGAAUCAACAAUGCACACUGCAACGAAGCAGAGCACCUUUCAGUACUUCUCAUGGUUAUGAUUUGCCCACAAGGACCUAACCUAAUCAAAUAUUUCCUUUUUAUACUUCCAUUGUGUAAUUUUGUCAAACUCUAAUGUGUAACAAAUUACCUCCUUAAUUCUCUAUUUUAGCCAAAGUUGAGAAAUUGUCAGCUUUUACUAACUUCUAGCACUACAACGACAGCUUUGGACAUUCUAUUCUUGGUCCUACAUGACCGCACACUAGUUAAAUUUGCGUGUGUCCCUGAGAUAUGGGAGGAAACGUGUUGAAACUUGUUGGAAAUGUCUCUUUCACUGUAAAACGUGGCGUGCUGCCUUUGAGGAAUGCCACACAAACCCUCUCUAAGGGGAGGUGAGGCCUUUGGUUAUUCUUUUUACUUUAGUUACAAUUGGUUACAGGCUGGAACAAAAAACACUACUCUGGGAUUAAAGGGUGAAGGAUUAUCACUGGAAACUGUUGCAAUAUGGUAUUUUGCACUGAAGUUUCAUAAAACAAAUAUACGUUUUGUACACUCACUCAACUCUUCCCUCUUGCAUGAAAGUUACAGAGGUUGAAGGUCAACUUCUCAGACAUAUGCUGUUUUGACACUGUCUAUGUAGCUACACUGGACUUUUUGUGGACGACUUGAUUCAUGAUUUGAUAACGAUUCACAGGCUUCACCCACGUCUUCAAAGUCAAACGUUUUCUGGUUACUUUGAUUUGUUUUGCUUUUGUUUCUGGAUUGCAAUUGGUGGACAGGGAGACAUAAUCUUUAAAGCCCAAACAUACUGCGAGGAAUGUAAAUCGAGAAGCUGUUUCAUAAGUGAGCCAUUGUUUAAAGGCCUGCAGGAUAUGCAAACAAAACAUCUUUAACAACUCCAACUUGGAGGUGAAUGUAUUUUAGACAAGCCACUACCAGCUUAGGAGCUAGAUAAAGUUUGGGAUCUGUUUUAAAUACAAACAUUUUCCUAAAUAUCCUGAUAGAAUGCCUUUAAAAUCAAUAAUAUAAUGCCAUUUUUGCUGUACUGCCCCAGGUAGUUUAUUAUAUAACAGUCCUGGAAGCUACUGUAUGGAUCUGAAUGUAGCUUGAUAAAGGUCUUUGUAGGUU